GUCCCCGCGACCCCUUCCCCUCUCCUUUCGGGUCCGCGCCCCUUUGCCUCGGCUUGCUCCGCGAGCGGCGUCCUGAUUCGUUCGCGAGAUUCUGCUUUUGCCGCCGUGUAGGAGGUGGGGGUGUUGCGAGCCGGAUUAGGAUCUGCUAGUUGCUACUGCGGGAACUAGAGGGAGGGACUGCGGACCGGGAGUGUUUGGCUACGCGGGGGAUCUGCUGCGCUCUCGGAUGCCUUAUGUCUAGUUAGUUUCGCUCAGGCAUUUACAGUGUCGUGUUCAGUUCCUUGUUUGGCUUCAGAGAAUUCUGGGGAGUUUGAGAGGCUAACCGUAUGCUUAGUUCGAAGUUCCAAGCCCUCUGCUGAAGUGCGGAGUUGCAAAAGGAUUUGGACAUUUGGUAAUGGAUCCGCAGGAUUUGCGGAGUCCUAAAAAUGGGAGGGACAAUAAAUUUUGUGGGAGAAUAUUGGUUUGGGUGCUUGCGAUUUUUUUGUACGUUCUUUAGGAAUUUCAGGCACAAGAGCUGGAUCCAUAAUUGAUCAAUUGUUGGUUGAACAUGUGCAUAUUUGUCUUGAGUCCGUUCAUAUUAGAAAUAAUUUGAAGGGUAGACUCCUUGUUCCAGAAAAAAAAAGGGGUAAGCUCCUUAAAAUAGAUUCAAUAAUUUUUUUCAUUUAUCAGGCACAUCUAGAACAGUUAUAUUGAAAAUUUGCCUGUGAUGACAAAAGUACAGUCAGAAUUUCAUCCAAAUGAGUAUAAAAGGAAUUUAGAUUAUGCCUGCACACCGCAUCUGCUUCUUUGUCAUGAACUCAUCAUAUUAAAACUUUAUGUGCUUUGUUUUAGUUGCUCCUGCAUCUACUAGAGAGAUGGCAAAUUUGCAAUAUGUUCACUGUAGCUGCACGAUGUGCCAUGUGAAAUACUACGAUUUGAUUUGAUUUCCUAAUUGUUUCAUCUGAACUUGCACUGUUGUACUGCCUGUUAAUUCUCGAAAAUUUAAACUGUUAGGAACUCAUCAGGGCUGCUUUAGAUGUAAGACAUAUAGUUGCAUUAACUGCAAUUAUUCCUUCCAUUCUCUAAUUGACAUUUACAAAAUGUUGUGUAUGCCCAGACUUUUAAGAAUUUCAUACAUAAUGUUUAGAUUACAUGUAAUCAUGAAAAGUACAUUCAUAUUGCUAUGUUGCUAUCUUGGAGACUAUGUAUGCCAAAGAGAAUUGAGAACUCCUUGAAAAGGAAUUUUGAAGGCUGAAGCACAUUAUUUUGAACAAGAGUAUCGGAAACAGAACUCACAGACACUCAUGUAGCAGAAUGGUCAACCCUAAUAUUGUUUAUGAUUUUCUUCAUUUUAGUUGCUAGGGGUGGGGCAUCUUACCAGUAACAAUAUAACUUCUGUUUUCAGUAAGAUAAACCCUCUCAUGAUGGAGAAAGAACUUCCUUUUUCUUUUCUUUUUUCUUUUAAAUGUCCAAAGUGAUUGCAUUAUUGAUCCUACUUAAUGCAUACCUUCUUGUUGUAAUGGGUUCCCAUAGCUCCCUGAAUUUGUAUGAUCCAUACCUUCGUGUUGCAAUCCUUAUCUUUUGCAGGUUUUUACAAUGAUUGCAAUGGCAAGUGAAGAACAUAUAGUUGCGUGUUCAACUGCUACAAGGAUCCCACUAGAUGUUAUUAAGGAGAUACUUCUCAGACUUCCCGUGGGCCCUCUACUGAGACUGCGUAGAGUUUGCAGGCAAUGGCGCGACAUGAUCAGUGACCCCCACUUCAUCAAAGAACAUGCCUAUCGUGGACCUAAGCACCUCCUUUACUUGCAUAAAUUGCAUAUAUCAGCAAUUCCCAAUCCCAAGACUGUCAGCUAUACAACGAUCAUCGAUGAUAAAUGGUCUCCAUCGACAUGGGUGACAUCACAUAUGGACCCUGAUGAUCACCUCUUUGCAUCAUGCAAUGGCCUGCUUUGCUUCUACAAGAAAUUCACACUGAAGGUAGUCAACCCUGCAACUGGUCAAUGGCUGCAUCUUUCGAAACCGGACGGGAUAUUGUUGCACGACUUCCACUAUCUGUACAGCUUUGGAUUUCACCCGACAACUGGAGAAUACAAGCUCAUGCACUUUCUGCGUGAACCCCAGUGUUACAAAUCAGGUCAGCCUUUCCGUUUCGACACCAUUCAAGUGUACACCCUUGGUGAUGGCAAAUGGAGAAAUAUACAAGCACCAAGAACAUGCUGCAUGGUGCAUUUUGGAGUUGUUAAUGUGGACGGAGCGAUGUACUGGCUAAUAGAAGGUGAAGGAACAAACUAUGGCAUGGCAGUUAUGUCAUUCGAUCUCAAGGAAGAAACGUUUACAACGAUUCAACUUCCACCAUUGGAGGUGAAAGAAACAGUCUCUUGUGCCAACCCUAGAAACGCGUACUAUAUAACUGAGAUAGAUGAGAAGGUAUGCAUAGUUACUAUACCAUACCAGAGACAUGUACCAAGGUGGCGCUGCUACAAUGCAGAGCUUUCUGGCGGGGCGGACGUUUGGGCUCUUGAAAGUCAGGUUGAGCACAGGUGGUUCCUAAAAUAUAGCAUCCAGUCACCAUGGUUACCCCGGUAUGUUGCUCAGCCAUGUUUCAUCCACAGGGAGAAGAUCUUACUGCAGGACUGCGAGGGUAACGUGUGGUACCAUGAUUUGCGAAGCAAGAACGUGCACAUUGAGCAACGCAAGGAGAUGAAGCUUUUGCACUUAGGACCCCACAGAUUCUAUGAGACACAGUCCCACUUUUACAAGGAGACACUUGUUCCCUUGAGCCUGUAUGCAGGGGCAGCCACUGUUCGUACAUCUCCUUGGCUUCUUGCUCCUGCAGUUGCUUCGCAUUAGUUUGUACGAGGCUCCUGCACUUUGAAUGUUUGUCGGCAUAUGUGAUGAGUUAGUGAGCAUAGUCUGUAGCUUAGGAAGGUGUUCUUGCCUGAUACAGAAAUUAUGGUGUAAUCUUCGCAUCACAAUUGAUAAUGUCUGUCAAAGGUUCAUCCUUUUCUGUGU